UAAUAUGGCUUAUGAUACAACACAGUAUUAUCCAAUUUGGCAAGAGAAAUCUGAAAAAAAAAGAGAAAGUAACGUUAAGAAUAAGAAAAGAAAUCUAACCAGUAUAUUGAAUGAGAAUGGUUCAAAUCCUGCUAUUUUCGUG